AUUCUUGUUUACAUUGUAUGUUUUAUUUUUUCAGAUGGCACCAAAAGCGAAGAAGCCGGCUCGUAUGGUCACCAAAGAAGUUGGUGGGGAUAAAAAUGGAAAAAAACGUUUAGUUAGGAUUAAUAGAUUGCCAAGAUUUUAUCCUACAGAAGAUAAACCAAGGAAAUUGAGAUCCCGUAGGAAGCCAUUCAGUCAACACAAACACAAGAUUAGGUCCAGCAUCACCCCUGGCACUGUUCUCAUCAUUGUGGCUGGACGUCAUAAGGGAAAGAGAGUAGUAUAUCUUAAGGACCUACCAUCUGGUCUUCUCCUUGUUACUGGACCAUUCCAUUUGAAUGGUUGUCCUUUGAGGAGAAUUAACCAACAGUAUGUCAUUGCCACAAAGACAAAGAUUGACAUUGGUUCCAUCAAGCUGCCUGAGAGAGUAAACGAUAAAUACUUUGCCAGACAGAAGUUGAGGAAACCAAGACACACUGAAGGAGAAAUAUUUGACACCAAAAAGGAGGUGUACCAAGUAAGUGAUGAGCGUAAGGAGGAUCAAGUUUCCGUAGACAAACAAGUCCUGGAUGCUAUCAGGAAGAACAAGGACAAGAAGUACCUGUUCGGUUAUCUGGGAGCCAUGUUUUCAUUACAGAACAGACAAUUCCCACAUCAAAUGGUCUUCUAAAGAGAUGUCAUUAAAUUAUCUUGAAGAGA